GUAGUAUAAAUCAACACGAAUUUUCUUCAAAUUUAUGUGGAAAGAUAUGGGAUCCUUUUGCUUUAUUUGGACCAUCAUGAAUGAGAUAGACUACCGUUUCGUACCCACAAAAUCAAUAUGGCUAAGCUAACGGGUGAAUGUUAUUCUUCCUCUUCAAAUUUCACACUCAGAAAGACCAUUUCAUCAUUCAUAAUCAUCAUCUCGAAUGAAGUCUCUCCAAGGGGCAUGUACUGUUCUACUUCUUUUCACUUUGAUUUUUUCCAAUUCUUUCGACAGCUGUGCUCAAGGGAAAUGCCUGAAUGAUCAGAAAGCUCUACUGCUCCAACUGAACCAGAGUCUUAUUUCUGUUUACAGGGAUCCGGAUCAUCCUUUUAUAUUUUCAUCAAAGCGUGAUUCUUGGCGUCUAAACACUGAUUGUUGUUCUUGGGAUGGUAUUGGUUGUGAUAGUGCUGGUCGUGUUAUCAGUUUAGACCUUGGUGGUGAAUAUCUUAUCGGUGGACUAAAUUCUUCUAGCAGUCUGUUCAGUCUUCAGAACCUUGAGAGAUUGAACUUGGCCGACAACCACUUCGAAGUUACUUCUGCACCAAUUCCAUCUGGGCUAGACAAACUUGGUAACUUGACUUACCUCAAUAUGUCAGGCUCAGGCUUCAUCGGGCAAAUUCCGAUUGGCAUAUCACGGCUGACAAGUUUGGUAAUUCUCCAUCUCUCUUCUUCGUACUUAUUUGAUGAUAAUGAUAACCCUUUCCCGAAGUUGAUUAUCAAGGAUCCAGAUCUGGAAACUCUUACUCGCAAUUUAACAGGAUUGAGACAACUCUUGUUAGAUUCUGUAAGAAUUUCCGAACGAGGAAACAAGUGGUGUCGCUCCCUAUCCUCCUCGCUCCCUAAAUUGCAAGUGCUGAGUUUGGAAGGCUGUGAACUUUCUGGGCCUCUCGAUUCCUCUCUCUUACGACUACAAUCACUCCGCGUGCUUCGACUCUCCGACAACCAUAUCUCAUCUGAGAUUCCGGAUUUCCUUGGGGAUUUUCCCAACUUAGUUACCUUUGUUUGCGAGUCCUGCGAGUUGUACGGAAAAUUUCCUGAACGGCUUCUUAAGGUAAAAACACUUAGGAAUCUCGACCUAUCAUUAAAUGGGCGCCUUCAAGGUUUUUUGCCAGCUUUUCCUGAAGAUGGGCGACUUCAGGAGUUGGUACUAGCAGGCACGGGUUUUGGAGGCGAAAUACCGACUUCCAUUGGUAAUCUUAGACUAUUAACCCGCUUAGACCUCGAUCAGUGUCGAUUUAGCGGAUCCAUUCCCCAUGCAAUUUCAAACCUUAAACAACUUCAAAAUUUAGACUUAUCGUUAAAUAAUUUCACGGGUUUAAUCCCAUCAAUCAGUUGGCUCGAGAGUCUCAUUCAUAUAGACCUAUCCGGUAAUAGUUUAGUAGGUCCAAUUCCUUGGGAUUGGAACAGGCUUCUGAAACUAGUUUAUUUGGACUUGGAUAGCAACUCACUAAACGAGUCAAUACCAGCGUCUUUAUUUACCCUACCUUCACUACAGAAUUUGAACCUCGCCCAAAAUCAAUUCACAGGUGUUGUUGGAGAGUUUUCCAAGGGAUCCUUUUCUCAAUUGGAGUUUCUUGAUUUGAGUGAGAAUAAACUGCAAGGGCGUGUUCCAGUGUCAAUUUUCGAAAUGCCCAAGCUUCGAAAACUGCUGCUUUCUGGAAAUGACUUCAGUGAUUCCAUAAGUUUAGAUAUGAUUUUUCAUAAAUUCAAAAAUCUUUCUGAUCUCGACCUCUCAGGGAACAGAUUGUCAGUCAAUACAACUACACCUAGUGCUGAUUCCGCUCUGUAUCCCAAACUGGAAUAUUUGGGAUUGAGUUCCUGCAACCUGACACAAUUCCCUAUCUUUUUAAAAUACCAAUCUCAGAUGCAAUCCUUAGACCUUUCGAACAAUCAUAUCCAUGGGAAAAUACCCAAUUGGUUUGGGAAGAUCGACAAUGGGAGUCUCCGUGUUUUAAAUCUUUCUUACAACUUCUUGGAGGAUCCUAGCCGACCCUUGCCUGUUGACAGUUUUAAAUCGAUGAUCAGCACCGACUUUCGCUCCAACAGGCUUCAAGGGAAGAACCUAAUCUUACCAUUAUCUACCAACAUUUUGGAUUACUCGUCAAACAACUUAACGGCCAUGAUACCAAAUAUUUCCUCUUACCUUGGAGAAACAAUAUACCUUUCUCUUUCUAGAAAUCAAAUUACUGGAGAAAUCCCUUCCUCCAUAUGUCAUGAAGCCACCCAACUACAAGUUCUUGAUCUUUCAUAUAACAACUUGAGUGGACCAAUACCCCCAUGUCUAGGAUCUAUUGAAUUCCUCACAGUUUUAGAUUUAAGAGGAAACAACUUCCAAGGAAGUGUACCCGACACAUUUCCACAAACAUGUAGUAUGGUGGCAUUAAACCUCAAUGGAAACAAAUUAGAAGGCCAACUACCAAGAUCUCUUACCAAUUGUAAAAUGCUAAAGGUUUUAGACCUCGGAAAUAAUCAACUGGCUGGUACUUUCCCAUACUGGUUGAAGAGUAUGUCACAGUUGCGUGUGCUGGUGUUGAGGUCCAACAAAUUUCAUGGUGCAUGGGGAAAUCAAGGAGCUAAUUAUAAUUUUUCAGCUUUACAAAUCAUAGACGUCUCCUCUAAUAACUUUUCAGGUGCUCUAUCAAAAGACUUGUUUUCAAGUUUGAAGACUAUGAUGGUAAAAGAAGAUAAAGAAGCACAAGGGAACCAAGAGAAUCAAAACAGUGAUAACGACACUAGCUAUUACCAUCAGACAGUGACGGUUACAAGCGAAGGACUAAACCUGGAGCUCAUGAAGGUCGAAACCAUUUUCACAUGCAUUGACUUCUCAAAUAAUGAAUUUGAAGGAGAGAUACCAGAGAGCAUUGCAGAUCUUACGUCACUCCGCAUUCUCAAUUUCUCAGGUAAUGCUCUCACAGGCCCGAUUCCAUCGACGUUCGGCAAUCUUACAAAUAUGGAGUCGUUAGACCUUUCGCGGAACAAGCUGACAGGAGAAAUUCCCUCCCAGUUAGCAGCUUUAUCAUUCCUUUCAUUCUUGAACCUUUCCUUCAACAACCUAGAGGGAAAAAUUCCAUCGGGCAACCAGAUACAAACUUUCGGACCAAGUUCUUUUGAAGGGAAUGAUGGAUUAUGUGGUUUUCCCCUGCCCAAAAUCUGCAGCAGCAGUAUCAUAGAGUCGCCACAAAAUUGAAUUCUGAAGAUAAAUUUGAUUGGGUAUUACUGGUACUGACUUUUCUGGGAUUUGUUUUGGGUGCUUCCAUGGUCAUUGGCCCUCAAUUAUUAUGGAAGAAAGGGAGAGAAUGGGCUGAUGAACGUACGUAUAAAAUCCUUAACAUCACUUGAGAUGUUGUAUUAUAAAGAUGUAAUCGGAUAAUUGGAAAUAAAUUUUUUUGCUUGAAAAUGUUCAAAGAAAGUUGGUCUUUAUGACUA